CCGUUCUCUCUCGCUCUCUCUCUCUCUUGUCGGACACAGCAUUCUACAAUCACAUCACCAUACACAUCAGUGAGCAAUCUCGUGUUGCGCGCCCGAGCCGCCACUGUCGCAUCUAUGGAGCGCUCCCGCAGCCUGUCCUACUAUUGCGUGGAAUAAAAAUGUAAUAUGACAUAGAAGCAAGACGCCCUGGCACUUCAAAAGGAAAACAAACCUUUCAGUCCACACCUCAACACUCGCGACUUUCCAACGAUACCGACUUGAAACUUUUACCUUACGACCCCCCACCCCCCUCACACCGUUCCCCCACGUUAUAUCCGUUCGUGUAAAAUUCCCUCAGAGAGCUUUGCUGCUCAUUUCACUCCGGCGGCAACAUGGACGAGGAAGAAGCCGCGGAAAGGAUGUCUCCAGCCGGAGUCCGACCCCGGAAUCGCCCGCCACAAGUGAUGCUGAACCAGAAAAAGAUCAAAGCGAGACGGAAAAAGCGAAGGGAGUUGGUUUUGAUCCAAAUAUGCUUGUUGGGAGGGAUGCUUCUCUUCGUCAAGGGGUUCUCCUACCUAGCAGAAAAUUCAGGUUAUGACACAUCCAGCCCCACCACGUAUGAUGAUGAGCGAUGGGGAGGCAGGAAGCUACUGCAGGAGGUGGACACAUUGGACAGUAAUAACAGCAUGGAAGAGGAUGGGGAAAAGAAAAACUGCACCGAACCAGCUUUGCACGAGUUCCCUACAGAUCUGUUUACCCACAAGGAGAGGACAGAAGGAGCUGUGGCCCUACACGUCCUGUGUGCCAUGUAUAUGUUCAUUGCCCUGGCCUUGGUUUGUGACGAUUACUUUGUCCCUUCGCUGGAGAAGAUAUGUGAGCGUCUUCAUCUCAGCGAGGAUGUAGCAGGGGCAACCUUUAUGGCCGCUGGAAGCUCCGCCCCUGAACUCUUCACCUCUGUCAUAGGGGUCUUCAUCACUAAAGGAGAUGUGGGUGUGGGGACCAUUGUGGGGUCAGCAGUCUUCAACAUCCUCUGCAUCAUCGGAGUGUGUGGAAUCUUUGCUGGCCAGGCUGUGAAGCUCUCCCAUUGGACACUACUCAGAGACUCCGCCUACUACACGCUCUCUAUCGCAGCCCUCAUUGCAUUUAUCUACGACGGGGAGGUUACGUGGUGGGAGUCUCUAGUCCUGAACGUGAUGUACCUCUUCUACAUUCUAAUCAUGAAGUUUAACGGCCGAGCGAGGCGCUACUUUGACCGAAGGAAGAAGAGCUCCGUGAGUCUGGCCAACGGUCUGACGGGCAGCACUGACCUGGAGGACAACGUCACCUGUGACGCCACCGCCGUCCUGCUCAAGAAAGCUAACUUCCAGUGUAAGCCCAGUGUGCUGAUGGUGGAUGAGCUACUGUCAGCCUACCCCCACCAGCUGUCCUUCUCUGAGGCUGGCAUGAGGAUCAUGAUCACCAGUCACUUCUCCCCCAGGACACGAUUAGCCAUGGCUUCACGCAUGGUCAUCAAUGAGAGACAGAGGGUGAUCAACACCAGUGAGACCAGGGUCAACCAACACAUCACCAACGGAGACUCAGACUCUGCAGCCGCCAGGGCUCCGGAGAGGCGGAGUCUGGAGAACGGCAGGACGGGCGGGGCCGAGACAGGGCUGAACGGGAGAUGCGUAGGUCAGGGGGACCUGGAGUCGGGGAAUGAGACGGAAAACGAGAACGAGGAUAAUGAGAAUAAUGAGAAUGAUGGAGGAGUAGAGGAAGAGGACGAGAACGAAGGACCUCUGGUCCCUCACAGACCACCAGCGGGUGUGUGUAACAAGAUGAAGUGGCUGCUGUGCUGGCCUCUGUGCCUGCUCCUCUUCUUCACCAUCCCGAACUGUGCCAAGCCACGCUGGGAGAGAUGGUUCAUGGUCUCCUUCGUCACCUCCACCAUGUGGAUAGCUGGCUUCUCCUACAUUAUGGUCUGGAUGGUGACUGUGAUUGGGUACACGCUUGGCAUCCCUGAUGUCAUCAUGGGCAUCACGUUCCUGGCGGCGGGGACUAGUGUUCCAGACUGCAUGGCCAGCCUCAUCGUGGCACGCCAAGGUCUGGGAGACAUGGCCAUCUCUAACUCCAUUGGCAGCAAUGUGUUUGAUAUUCUGGUGGGCCUUGGCCUGCCCUGGCUUUUACAGACCCUCUGCAUUGACUAUGGAUCAACUAUCUCUCUGAACAGUAGAGGAUUGAUCUUCUCUGUUGCGCUGCUCUUGGCCUCAGUGUUCCUCACAGUGCUGGGCGUCCACUUAAACAAAUGGACUCUGGACCGUCGACUGGGUCUGACCUGUCUCCUCAUGUACGCAGUCUUCGUCUGUUUCUCCGUCCUCAUCGAGUUCAACGUCUUCAUCUUCGUCAACCUGCCCAUGUGCCGCGAGAUCCUCUGAUCCUUGUACUCUUCCUCCUCCUCUUCCUCCUGCUUUCGAUCCCGGAGGAUGUCUUUGCCACAGGUCUUUGCUCCCUGUCUGCUCGCCCCACCCUCGAGUGGAUUUUUAUCUUGAAAUAAUAGUUGUUUAAUUUAUCUUUGGUGCAAUACAAGCGAAUGAUGAACGGAGAUGUUGUGUUCGUCUGGUUUUGGCUGGAGAAGAGAAGACGUAAGAGAAAGUCCCAUUGGAAAAUGAUGAGGUCAAAGGUCAACCGAACAGGAAGUAGUAGUGACUGCUCCCUGUUAGCUUUCUGUUGCCAGGUAAACUGAAGACAUUGGUUUGGAUAAACUAAACUGUAUUAUCAUCGACGUCGAUGUAUAAGCUGCUAACUGACUGAGAGGAAAUGAUUGGCUAACGGCAAAUGAUAGCCAAUAGGAUUGUGUUAUUUUCUUACUCUUUGUACAUGUUUGGAUUUAAAUAUUAUACAUAUUGUUUAAGGUGUUUUAAGUUAAGAUGGAUGUGCGACAGGAUUCCAUGUGUGCUGGCUGUAAAUAUUUGAGGAGAAUAUUGACAUGGAGAAGUUUAUUGACUGUUCCGGUUCUUCAACCGUUCAGUGAAGAGGAGGAGGAUAUUUUUGUUUAAGCUGAGUGCACUGUAGGGACUUGACCAAACAGUGAUGCUCUCAUGCCAGCCAUUUCUUCUCGCAAAGUGUAAGACAGCAUGACAUGCUAAUCGCAAGUCUAUUCCUUUAGCUUUGUGCUGUCAGGGAGAGUUCAUAUUAAUCUAUUCUAUUUGCAGUAAGAAAUAUUUAUGUACAGUUUUUGUUGUUGUUAUUUUCUCUCCAAAUAUAUCCAAAUAUAUGUGGGAUAUAGAGUACCAGCCAAAGUUUCCACACAGCUGCUUGUUCCAGGGUUUUUCUUAAUUUUGACUGUUUUAUACAUUGUAGAAUAAAAGUGAAGACAUCAUAACU